GUUUCCUUUAGUCAAACGUGAUCGGAAAAUCAAAACAUCUACCGAAAUCUCCCGUGUUAUUCGGAGUUUCUCGGCCACGACCGCCCAAAUUUUCUGUCGCCAAGUGAAAUUUUCAGGCGACAGCCAUGGCGCUGGACCUUCCUGGCCUCGUCGCCGUCGUCGUUGUUCUUCUUCUGUUUCCCAUAUCUCUAGCCGAAGAGGCGGACUCUAUUGAAUCUGUUCCUGAUCUUCAGAAGCUCAUGUACAAGGCUGUUGAUGGUUAUCCUUGUGUACGGUUGCUCAAUCUUUCUGGAGAGAUUGGGUGUUCAAAUCCUGGACCAGACAGGGUGGUUGCUCCAAUCCUAAAAUUUAAGGAUGCUAAAGAUUUGGCUCAGCCUUAUACUGUUUUGGUGACAAUUGACGAGAUGGAAGAUUUCUUUGACAGAGUAUCAAAUGAUUUGGGCUUUGCUAGCAACAUUGGUGGUGUUCUAGUUGAUUCAAGAUCUAGUUCUCAGCAAAAGUCAGGAGGGUUCUCUCCUGAUAAAAAGUUUCCUCAAUCAGAAUUUUCACCCUAUGGCAAUACUGAUUAUGAAUGGAAUCCAACAGGAUUGGGUAUUAUGUGGAGAGCAUACAAUUUUCCUGUGUACCUAUUGUCGGAAAGUGGCAUAUCAACUGUGCAGGAGAUUAUUUCCAAGAAAGUGGAGAAGGAGAAAGCUAAUACCGUUGAUGUGGCCGAAUUCAAUAUGGUUAUGGAGACAACAAAGUCAGGGACACACAAUUCAGAGUCUUGUUUGCGGGAAGGAACUUGUCUUCCACUGGGUGGUUAUAGUGUUUGGUCCUCACUUCCACCAAUUAACGUCUCAUCUGCCAACAAUGGAAAGCCAAUUGUGCUUACUGUAGCCUCUAUGGAUUCUGCAUCAUUUUUCCGUGACAAGAGUUUUGGUGCAGAUUCACCCAUAUCUGGACUGAUAUCACUUCUGGGAGUUGUAGAUGCUCUUUCUCGAGUUGAUGGUUUUAAUAAUCUCAAAAAGCAGCUGGUGUUUUUAGUUUUGACUGGAGAGUCAUGGGGCUAUCUCGGUAGCAGGAGGUUUUUACAUGAACUCGAUUUGCAUUCAGAUGCUAUUUCUGGCCUUAAAAACACUCUAAUUGAGACGGUUCUUGAAGUAGGAUCAGUUGGGAAAGGGCUGAGUCAAGGUGUCAAGACCUUCUUUGCUCACAAAACGAGGGUUUCAUCAGUCACAAAUAUGACACUGGAUGCUUUCAAGCAAGCUCAAGAUUCACUUGCAUCACAGAACAUCAAAAUUCUUUCGGCUGACGCCUCAAACCCGGGAAUACCCCCAUCCUCUAUGAUGACAUUCAUGAGAAAGAAUCCCCAGACUUCGGCUAUUGUACUAGAAGACUUUGAUACCAAGUUCACCAACAAGUUCUACCACAGUCACCUCGAUGACUUGUGUAAGAUCCAUACCCUCGUUCUUUCCUUUUCGAUCCCCGAUCCUGUGAUUGUCGUGCUCUUUUCUAAUGUUGUUCCCUGUAUAACUGAUUUAUAUACAGCAAAUAUCAACUCUUCAGCUGUAGUAGCUGCUGCUUCAGUUGUUGCCCGUACACUUUACCUACUUGCAAGUGACAACAAAGACACAAGCAAUUCUGCAUUGGGGUCCAUCAAUGUCAACGCUUCUCUGGUUGAAGAGCUUAUUUCCUGUCUUUUAACCUGUGAUCCGGGCUUAUCAUGCGACCUCGUGAAUAGUUAUAUCUCACCUUCGAAUACAUGCCCGAGCAACUACGCUGGCGUCAUCCUCGGGGAACCUUCCUCCACGCCUCAACCUGCGUACGUGAGCGAUAUUUCCAGGUUCAUAUGGAACUUUCUGGCCGAUAGAACAUCCGAUCAAAAUGGAAACGCAGCCUCGGCCUGUUCAAAAGGAGUUUGUGAGAACAAAGGUGAAGUCUGCGUCAAAGCAGAGGUCGAGAAGGAGGGAACUUGCGUAAUAUCCACAACCAGAUACGUUCCCGCAUAUUCGACCAGAUUGGAGUACAAGGAUGGAUCGUGGAUGGUUUUGGCCCCGAAUUCAUCAGAUCCAAUGGGAAUGGCUGACCCUGUGUGGACGGAGAGCAAUUGGAACACGAUUGGAGUGAGAGUGUACGAAGUGCAGCAUUCGGGUUACGACAACUUCGUACUGAUCGCAGGUAUCACAGUCACGACUCUGUCUUACGUAGCGAUUGUGGCUGGGAAAGCUUUCAUUACAAAAGCCUUGAAGCGGGACUGAGUUUAUUUAUUGUCGUCCGUCUCCUUCGAUUCACUCUGCUCGAAAGAUUCUUGUCUGGUCAUUACAUAAACCAUCAAAGUAGGUUCAGGAUCUUCAUCGAACACACGUUGUUUCUAAAGUUUGGCAUAACUAAGGACCUGAGAAAAAUGCAACGAAAGAUUUUAUUAUGCAUUACGUAAUA